AAGCGACAGAGGUGCUGUGUAAUCAGUAGGGAGUUGAGGCACUCGGAGCACCUAAAAUGCCGGAUUACCUCGGUGCCGAUCAGCGGAAAACCAAAGAGGAUGAGAAGGACGACAAGCCCAUCCGAGCUCUGGAUGAGGGGGAUAUUGCCUUGCUGAAAACUUAUGGUCAAAGCACUUACUCUAGGCAGAUAAAGCAAGUUGAAGAUGACAUUCAGCAACUUCUCAAGAAAAUUAAUGAGCUCACUGGUAUUAAAGAAUCGGAUACUGGCCUGGCCCCACCAGCACUCUGGGAUUUGGCUGCAGAUAAGCAAACACUGCAGAGUGAACAGCCUUUGCAGGUUGCGAGGUGUACGAAGAUAAUCAAUGCUGAUUCGGAGGACCCAAAGUACAUUAUCAAUGUGAAGCAGUUUGCCAAGUUUGUGGUGGACCUCAGUGAUCAGGUAGCACCUACUGACAUUGAAGAAGGGAUGAGAGUUGGGGUGGACAGAAAUAAGUAUCAGAUUCACAUUCCGCUGCCUCCCAAGAUUGACCCAACAGUUACCAUGAUGCAGGUGGAAGAAAAACCUGAUGUCACAUACAGUGAUGUGGGUGGCUGUAAGGAACAGAUUGAGAAACUUCGAGAAGUAGUAGAAACACCAUUACUUCAUCCAGAGAGGUUUGUUAACCUUGGCAUUGAGCCUCCCAAGGGUGUGCUGCUCUUUGGUCCGCCGGGUACAGGCAAGACCCUCUGUGCUCGGGCAGUUGCCAACAGGACUGACGCUUGCUUCAUUCGAGUUAUUGGAUCUGAACUUGUACAGAAGUACGUCGGUGAGGGGGCUCGAAUGGUUCGUGAGCUCUUUGAAAUGGCCAGAACAAAAAAAGCCUGCCUUAUCUUCUUUGAUGAAAUUGAUGCUAUUGGAGGGGCUCGUUUUGAUGAUGGUGCUGGAGGAGACAACGAAGUGCAGAGAACGAUGCUGGAACUGAUCAAUCAGCUGGAUGGUUUUGAUCCUCGAGGUAACAUUAAAGUGCUGAUGGCCACUAACAGACCUGAUACUUUGGAUCCAGCACUGAUGAGGCCAGGGAGAUUGGACAGAAAGAUUGAAUUUAGCUUACCUGAUCUGGAGGGUCGGACUCACAUUUUUAAGAUUCACGCUCGUUCAAUGAGUGUUGAAAGAGAUAUCAGAUUUGAGUUGUUAGCACGACUGUGUCCAAAUAGCACUGGUGCUGAGAUUAGAAGCGUCUGCACAGAAGCUGGUAUGUUUGCCAUCAGAGCACGGCGAAAAAUUGCUACUGAAAAGGAUUUCUUGGAGGCUGUAAAUAAGGUCAUUAAAUCUUACGCCAAAUUCAGUGCUACUCCCCGCUAUAUGACAUACAACUGAUUCCCCGAAGGCUUUCAUGAAAACACCUCUUUUCAUUGGCAUCCUAACUUUAUUAAAUAGACUUGUUAAUAACCAUUACACACACAAAAAUAAAGCAUUUCAAAAUUGUAUGUUUUCUUCAGAUGUCUAUUCUCUGUAGUACAAUAAAAGGUGAUAUCUAAUGUCAUCAGGCAGAUAUGAUGUGUAUUGUGUUUUGAUCACUACCAUUUAAGGGUCCCAUAUCAUAAAGUGCUUGCUUAGAC